AUGUACCCAGGAGCCGGCCAUGUGACUAGUCAUGUGAUUGUCACUUUUUCCAAUGAUAAUGUUUGGAGGUGGGAUGAAAACAGGUGGGUGAAGCGAGAGAUACUGUUACUAUCAGCAACUAAUAUGGCUCUCACACCCAGAGAUAAAUAUAUCAUCGGAGGUGGUCUUUUUCUUGCCGGAGCACUAUGGUUUGGGCAAUCAAGGGGUUGGCUGAAAGUCAGAACACAAUUGUUUUAUCCACCCGCUAGCACCAAAUCUGGUAAUCGUAUCUUCCUGCCAGUCAGAGAUCCUUCAGAAUUACAUCCCUAUCUAAUCCAAAAGCCUCCGCUAUUACUCAAUUUUGUGUAUCGUGGUGAAACUGCCUCAAAUAAACUGACUGGGGCCCUUCAAAGGAUUGUUUCGUUGGAGACCGAAAAAUCUGUCAACAUGGUUGAUAUUGAAGCUGAUGAAACGGCAAACCAUCAAUUGCUGAGCACGUAUAUGGUAACCAAAAUUCCAACAGUGGUAGCUUUAGAAAAAACAACUACCCGUUAG